AUGGCCGAAAAUGAAGAUGCAAAGCGCCUCAACCAGUACAAGUACUCGGCCAUGUCCAACCUGGUCCUCCAGGCGGACCGUCGAUUCAUCACGCGCCGAGGUGAUGACAGUACUGGUGAUCCCGAGUCGCUCGCUGGCCGCAUCAACUUGAACGACAUGGGCUCGCGCAAUGCCCGUGAAGCCGCCCCUGCCCAACCAGCCGCGCAAGAUGCCCAAAGGAAGCGCAAGAGAGCAGAACCCGCGCAAAGUGCUCGCGCCUCUGGCAUCCUAUCACAAGCAGACCUCAACAUCGAAGGUCUACGAUAUCGUCCUCGCACACCCGCCACCCAGGCGACCUACACAUUGAUCAACACAUUGGUGGCGCAGAAGAUGGGAGGUGACUAUGGUCUCCACAUCACCGCCAGUGCCACCGACAGCAUCCUGGAAUACCUGAAGGAUCAAGACCUGAAAGACUUUGACAAGAAGAGGGAGAUUGAUGACAUUGUUGGUGUCAAUCUGUCAUCGAAGGAGUUUAACGAGCUCGUCAACUUGGGCAAGAAGAUCACCGAUUACGACGCACAAGACGAGGACGAAAACAUGGGCGAUGCAGACGACGCUGGCGAAGGCGAUGAUAUCGAUGACCGUCAAGGUGUCGCUGUUGACUUUGGUGACGAGGACGAUGAAGAAGGUCAAAACUACGAAGUUCGCGACGGAGAGGGAGAGUCAGAUGAUGAGGAUGUCAUCGAGGAUCCGGAUAAUGUUGUCGCAACCGGUGCUGAAGACGUGGAAGAUAUGGCCGCAGAAGGCGACGAGGAGGAUCUCGUUUUCUCAGCCCCAGCCGCCAACCGUUCAGCAAAGGCCGAUCAAGAGGACAUCAUACCCGCACACGAGAUCGACGCUUUCUGGCUCCAACGACAAAUUGGUCAGCUCUAUGAGGAUGCACACAUCCAGCAAGACAAGACAUCACAGGCGCUAGACAUGAUGUCUGGCUUGAACGAGNACGGCGAGGAAAAGCAAUUGCGCGAUGUUGAAAACGAUUUAAUGGAGCUUUUCGACUACGAGCACCCCGAGCUGGUCUCGAAGCUUGUAAAGAACAGAGAUAAGGUCGUAUGGGCAACGAGGUGGAGAAGAGCUGGCGAAGACGAACCAGCUCGCGUGGCUGUUGAGCGCGAAAUGGUCCAGGCCGGACACGGAAGUAUUCUCAAAGAGCUCAAAACACGCCAACAAGGCACCGAUGGACAAGCCUCAGGGAAAAUGCAAUUCGACCUCAUGGAUCUGGACACUGCGACUGGAAAGCCUGUUGCUCCUGAAGAGAAGAAGGAGGGACUAGUCGGUGGUCUUCAACCGAGCAGGACUAUCAACCUGGAGAACCUUGUCUUCGAUCAGGGAAACCACCUUAUGACUAACCCGAGCGUGAAGUUGCCACAAGGAUCGACCAAGCGUACUUUCAAGGGUUACGACGAGAUUCACGUCCCAGCCCCCAAGCGCAAGCGUGAAGACUUUGAGACUCCCAACCUUCCAACCACUGAACUCCCUGAAUGGGCUCGUGUUGGUUUCGGUAGUUCCAAGGAGCUUAACCGUAUCCAGACACGAUGCUUCCCUACUGCUUUCAAGGAUGACGGUAACAUGCUGAUUUGCGCACCUACUGGAUCUGGUAAAACGAACGUGGCCAUGCUCGCGAUGUUGCGCGAAAUUGGCAAGCACCGUAAUCCCGAGACUGGCGAAAUCGAUCUGGACGCUUUCAAGAUCAUCUUCAUCGCACCUCUGAAAGCUCUGGUACAAGAACAGGUCGGCAACUUCGGCGCGCGCCUGGCACCUUAUGGUAUCAAGGUUUCAGAGCUGACCGGUGAUCGUCAACUCACCAAGCAACAAAUCGCCGAAACUCAGGUUAUUGUAACAACGCCAGAAAAGUGGGAUGUUAUCACCCGCAAGGCCACGGACACCAGCUACACCAACCUUGUGCGUUUGAUCUGCAUUGAUGAAAUCCACUUGCUUCACGACGAUCGUGGUCCGGUUCUUGAGAGUAUUGUGAGUAGACAGAUCCGCAAGAUUGAGCAGACUGGUGAGCCUGUACGUCUUGUAGGUCUCAGUGCCACUCUCCCCAACUACCGUGAUGUCGCCACUUUCUUGAGAGUCGACAUGCAGAAGGGACUCUUCCACUUCGACGGCACGUACAGACCUUGUCCCCUGAAGCAGGAGUUCAUCGGUGUGACGGAGAAGAAGGCGAUCAAGCAACUCAAGACCAUGAACGACAUUUGCUACAACAAGGUCCUCGAGCAAGUUGGUCAACAACGCAACCAGAUGCUGAUCUUCGUCCACUCUCGUAAGGAGACCGCGAAGACAGCAAAGUAUAUUCGCGACAAGGCUCUCGAGCUUGAGACCAUUGGCCAGAUCUUGAAGCAUGAUGCAGCCAGUCGAGAGAUCUUGACGGAGGAAGCCGAGAGUGUGACAAAUGCAGACCUUAAAGAUCUCCUCCCAUACGGUUUCGGUAUCCACCAUGCUGGUAUGAGCCGAGCCGAUCGUAACUCGGUCGAAGAACUAUUCGCUUCUGGCGAUGUUCAGGUUCUUGUCUGCACAGCCACUCUCGCGUGGGGUGUCAACCUUCCAGCCCACACAGUCAUCAUCAAGGGUACGCAGAUCUACUCUCCUGAGAAGGGUAGCUGGGUUGAGUUGUCACCCCAAGACGUCCUUCAGAUGCUCGGUCGUGCUGGUCGUCCACAGUACGAUACAUAUGGUGAAGGUAUUAUCAUCACCACGCAACAAGAAAUUCAAUACUACUUGUCGUUGCUGAAUCAGCAGCUUCCCAUUGAGAGUCAGCUUGUUAGCAAGUUGGCAGACAACCUCAAUGCUGAAGUUGUUCUUGGCAACGUCCGCACUCGUGACGAGGGUGUUGAGUGGUUGGGUUACACAUAUCUGUUUGUGCGUAUGUUGCGAUCACCCGCUUUGUACCAAGUUGGCGCCGACUAUGAGGACGACGAAACUCUUGAACAAAAGCGUGUCGACUUGAUUCACUCCGCGGCUCUGCUUCUCGAACAGGCGAACCUUGUCAAGUACGACAAACGUGCGGGCCGAAUCGUUUCUACAGAGCUUGGUCGUAUUGCAUCGCAUUACUACAUCACUCACAAGUCCAUGUUGACCUACAACCAGCAGAUCCAGCCAUCGAUCACACCUAUCGAGCUGUUCCGUGUCUUUGCUCUCAGCGAAGAGUUCAAGUAUAUUCCCGUUCGUCAGGACGAGAAGCUUGAGCUUGCAAAGCUGCUUGGCAGAGUCCCUAUUCCUGUCAAGGAGACCAUCGAUGAGCCUCACUGCAAGAUCAACGUAUUACUCCAAGCAUAUGUAUCUCGUCUGAAGCUUGAUGGCCUUGCACUUAUGGCCGACUUGGUUUACGUCACACAAUCCGCUGGUCGUAUCCUGAGAGCAGUCUUCGAGAUUGCCCUCAAGAAGGGUCUGGCCUCAGUCGUCAAGGAUGCUCUCAACCUCUGUAAGAUGGCCGAGAAGCGCAUGUGGCCAACCAUGUCACCUCUGAGACAGUUCCCAGAGUGCCCUGCAGACAUUGUCCGCAAGGCUGAGCGCAUUGACGUGCCAUGGUCGAGCUACUUUGACCUUGAUCCUCCUCGUAUGGGAGAGCUUCUCGGCUUGCCUAGAGCUGGUAGACAAGUCUGCGCCUUGGUCCAGAAAUUCCCUCGACUGGAGAUUCAGGCUCAAGUUCAGCCCAUGACACGAACCAUGCUUCGUGUUGAGCUCACCAUUUCGCCCAAAUUCGAAUGGGACGAAGCUUUGCACGGCAAGUCUGAGAGCUUCUGGAUUCUCGUAGAAGACUGCGAUGGUGAAGAGAUUCUGUUCCACGACCAGUUUGUUCUUCGUAAGGAGUACGCCGAGGCUGGAAUGAACGAGCAUCUGGUUGAGUUCACCGUGCCCAUCACUGAGCCCAUGCCACCCAACUACUUCGUCACCGUUUUGUCUGACCGAUGGAUGCACUCCGAGGCCCGCCUGGCUGUAUCCUUCCAGAAGCUCAUUUUGCCUGAGAAGUUCCCUGCUCACACCCCUAUCUUGGACUUGCAGCCACUUCCUAUCGCGGCUCUCAAGCGUGAAGAGUUUUUCAACCUUUACCCCGACUGGGAACGCUUCAACAAGAUUCAGACUCAGACCUUCAACGCCUUGUACUCUUCGGACGACAACGUGUUUGUUGGCUCUUCUACUGGUAGCGGCAAGACAGUAUGUGCUGAGUUUGCUCUGCUCCGUCACUGGAGCCAAGGCGAUGGAAAGGCUGUCUACAUCGCACCCUUCCAGGAGGCCAUCGAUGCUCGUUACAAGGAUUGGCAAUCGCGCUUGACUGGCAUUGCUGGUGGCAAGCAGGUUGUCAAAUUGAUUGGUGAGACUACUGCUGAUCUCAAGUUGCUCGGAGAGGGUGAUCUUAUCCUUGCCACUCCCCAACAAUGGGACAUGAUGUCUCGCAUGUGGCAGCGCAGAAAGAAUGUUCAAGCUGUAACACUCGUUAUUGCCGACGAUCUUCACAUGAUCGGAGGACACAACGGUUAUAUCUACGAGACUGUCGUCUCUCGAAGUCACGCAAUCAGCAAGCAACUCGAGAACGGUCUUCGCAUCGUUGGUCUGAGUGCCUCUCUCUCCAAUGCUCGUGACCUCGGCGAGUGGUUCGGAGCCAGCAAGCACACCACCUUCAAUUUCAGCCCCCAGUACCGCCAAAUUCCGCUCGAGCUCCACAUCCAGCCUUUCACCAUCCCUCACUUCCCCUCUCUUAUGCUGGCUAUGGUCAAGCCUGUCUACCAAUCCAUCACACAACUUGCCGCCGGUCAGCCUGCUAUGGUGUUUGUCCCCAACCGCAAGCAGGUACGCGCUACUGCUAUUGACCUGUUGGCAACUUGUGUCGCCGAUGACCAGGAGGAUCGCUUCCUCAAUGCCAACCUAGAGGACAUUUCUUCUGUCUUGGAGAAGAUCAACGAACGCGCUUUGGCCGAGUCUUUGUCGCAUGGUAUUGGUUACUUCCACGAGGCUCUUAGUCCUUUCGACAAGCGUGCUGUUGAGCACUUCUUCAAGGCUGGUGCUAUUCAGGUCAUGCUUGUGUCGAGAGAUUGUGCUUGGGAAGUUCAGACCCCGGCUCACAUGGUCAUCGUGAUGGGCACUCAAUUCUUCGAGGGCCGGGAGCAUCGUUACAUUGAUUACCCUAUCAGUGAGAUCUUGCAGAUGCUCGGCAAGGCAGGUAGACCCAUGGAAGACAAGAAGGCACGUGGUGUUCUGAUGUGUCCUGCUGUCAAGAGAGACUACUAUAAGAAGUUCUUGACAGAAGCACUUCCAGUCGAGAGUCAGCUGCAAGCCUUCUUGCACGAUAUCUUUGUCACCGAAAUCAGCACCAAGACGAUUGAAGACACUCAGGAUGCAAUCAACUGGUUCACCUACACCUACUUCUACCGCCGUCUGAUGGCCAAUCCCAGUUUCUACGGUCUUACUGAUACCACUCAAGACGCAUUCAAUUACCACCUCUCGGAGCUUAUCGAGUCCACACUGAAGGACUUGACCGAUGCAAACAUCAUUGAGGUUGACGAAGAGGACGAUGGUUCGAUCACACCACUCAACGCUGCCAUGAUUGCUGGAUACUACAACAUCUCCUUCGUUACCAUGCAAACCUUCUUGCUGUCGUUGAAGAAGACCACAAAGCUGAAGGGUAUCCUCGAGAUUGUCACUGCAGCCACAGAGUUUGAAGACAUCCAAACUCGCCGCCACGAAGAGCGCAUUCUGUCACGUAUAUACGAUCGCGUGCCUGUCAAGCUUGCCGAAGUCAACUUCGAGUCCCCUCACUUCAAGGCAUUCAUCCUGUUGCAAGCACAUUUCUCACGCAUGCAACUACCUGUCGAUCUCGCCAAGGACCAAGAGCUGAUCCUCAAGAAGGUCCUCGUCUUGCUUAGCGCUUGUGUCGACGUGCUGUCAUCAGAAGCCCACCUGAACGCAAUGAGCGCUAUGGAAAUGAGCCAAAUGGUUGUCCAAUCCAUGUGGGACCGCGACUCGCCACUCAAGCAAAUCCCACACUUCGAUCCCGAAGUCAUCGAAGCCGUCAACGCCAACGGCAUCAACGACAUUUUCGAAUUCAUGGAUGCCAUGGACCCGUCCGAGAACCCCAGUUACGAGAAACUGGUCAAGAGCAUGGGUCUCAGCAACCAACAGCUCGGCGACGCCGCUCGCUUCACCAACGAGCGGUACCCCAACGUCGAACUCAACUUUGAGCUCGAAGAUGCCGAGAAUGUCGUUGCUGGCGAGCCUAGCUUCAUCAACGUCAGCAUCGAGCGCGAUGUCGACGAAGACGCAGAACCCAACCUUAAUGUUCAUGCGCCCUUUUAUCCAGCUGCAAAGACCGAGAAUUGGUGGUUGGUUGUUGGUGAAGAGAGCACGAAGAACUUGCUCAGUAUCAAGAAGGUUACUAUUGGACGUGAGCUCAAGGUUCGCCUUGACUUUACGGUGCCCACGGCUGGCAAGCACGAUUUGACGUUGUUCUUGAUGAGUGAUUCGUAUGUUGGUGUGGAUCAGGCACCUACAUUCAGUGUAGAGGCUGCGGAAGGCGAGGAGGAAGACGACGAAGACGAGGAAAUGGAGGAAUAG